UCGUAUAUAAUUUUCCGGUGGGCGACAACACUACCCGCGGGGUUGGGAUUUGGGUCAGUGAAUUUUGUCGUUACGCGAGAGGUGGAACAUGUAUAAACUACUGCUGCAAAUCGUCAUUGUGAGUUUGAUGUAAACUCCGUGAUUUCAACUGCUAUUUCGGAUUGUCGAAUUUACAUUACAGAUAACCCCUCGGGUCAAGUGCGGAAAGUUUUGUGAAUCUCGAAAUUUGAAUUAUUCAGUUUUUAGGUUUUGUUUUUAUUUUAGUUCGUUCGUUCCGGAAGGAAAAUUUUGCAAGUGUUAGUAUAUUUCAGAGCGAGUGCCAUGGGGUCUUUACUCGGGCGGAGUUUGCGUCCGAGCCGAAAGUGAGGACUGGCCAACCACGCGAGUAAAUAAACCCUACGACACUAGUCGUGAACGAUGUUUUUCCGUAGUGAUUUCCACUUUUAUGAGUUUGAGGAAGGGCAAAUGCCAAUCCCCAGACGAGAAAAAAUGCAGUGUUAAAGAGAGCGUUCUCCAUGUUCGACUCUGCGAAAAACGGAAGAAUUGAAAAAGAGAAAGUAAAGACUAUUCUCAACACCCUGGGCCACACAUUCGACGACCAGGAGCUAGAGGUGCUACUCCAGAAGGAAGACGAAGACGGAAGUGGAGUCGUAAAUUUUGAUGCGUUCUGUCGGGUGGCCUGUCACUUCCAGGAGGAGGACGAUGAGGCCCUCCAGAAGGAACUGAAAGAAGCCUUCAGGUUAUAUGAUAAGGAGGGAAAUGGAUACAUUCCCACGAGCUCACUCAGGGAGAUUCUGGCUGCCCUCGAUGACCAGAUAACGCCCGAUCAAAUGGACGGAAUGAUCGCGGAAAUCGAUACCGACGGCUCCGGCACAGUUGAUUUCGACGAAUUCAUGGAGAUGAUGACCGGUGACUGAACCUGAAUACUCUUUUGAAAAAUGCCAUUUAUUUAUCAAAUAAGGAGACAAUUAAGAACAAACCAAAUAUACAGAUAAUUUAUCGAUUAAAGAAUCAUCAGUACAUGAUUG